AGCAGCAGACUGACAUCUGCAGCAGGAAACUGGCCUGAUGACAACCUCGUAUCAGGUCUGUCCUGAGCUGAAGCCGAUUCCCACAAACAGAAUCCAGAGCAGGUGACAGAUAAUUGAGAGACAGAACUGCUCUUUGUUUCCAGAAGAGAGCCGACGGAUGUGACAGAGCAGAGCCCAUUCCUGUUGCAUGCUGGGCAGAGACCAACCACCGUCUCCGUCUGGAUGUGCAGUUCAGUUCAGAGCAGAGCUCGGGUCAACAGGAGUCCAGCUGAAGAUCUAGACCUCAUUCAGCUCAGGGUCUUAGGAUUUUUAGAAAAGCUGAGGUCAUGAGUCUAAAUUCCUUUUUUCUUCGAGGCUUCUCAUUCAUUCGUUUAUCUCCGUAAAUGUUGGUGUAGAGAGAGAUUUCUCAACAGCGAUAAAACUGCAGGUUUCAUCCAGCAGUUUAUUUCUCCAUUGUGUGGUGAGGAUUCCUGCCCCCUGCUGGUCAGACUGUGUCCUGCAGCUGUAGCAGUUAUUGAUCAGGGAGCCUGAGGGUUAACCUGAAGUCUCAGUGCUCUGCAGGACACUGACCUGAGUUCAGCUACAACUGCACAACUCUGAGUGUCUGAACACACGGCUGUCUACCUGCUCAGGAUGAGGGCUGCUGAUUGGCUCUUGGUUCUGGCGUUCCUGCCGCUCGUCUCUCUCGCCGUACGUCCGGACAUCUGCAGCGCCAAACCCAAAGACCUGCCUCUGGAGCCGCGCUGCAUAUACCGCAGCCCCGACCCCGAGGGCCCGACCCUGGAGCCCGAGCCGGUUCCCGAGUCCACCAACCCCCGAGUGUUGGAGCUGUCGAAGGCCAACAGCCGCUUCGCCCUGUCGCUGUACAAACAGCUGGCCCUCAGCAAGACUCCCGAGUACAACAUCUUCAUGUCCCCCAUCAGCGUCUCCACCGCAUUCGCCAUGACCAAACUGGGAGCCUGCAACCAGACGCUCAAGCAGAUCAUGACGGUGUUUGAGUUUGACACCACCAAGGAAAAGACGUCAGAUCAGAUCCACUUCUUCUUUGCCAAACUGAACUGUCGUCUGUACAGGAAGAAGGACAAGACCACGGAGCUAAUCUCUGCAAACAGACUGUUCGGAGAAAAAUCUCUGGUCUUCAACGAGACGUUUCAGAACAUCAGCGAGAUUGUGUACGGAGCCAAACUGCUGCCUCUCAACUUCAAGGAGAAUCCGGACAGGGCCCGGGCCACCAUCAACAACUGGAUCUCCAACAAAACGGAGAACCGGAUCCGGGACACGCUGCCAGCGGGGGCGCUGGACUCCACCACAAUCCUGGUCCUUGUCAACACCAUAUACUUUAAGGGUCAGUGGAAGAACAAGUUCGACAAAGAAAACGUCUUCAUCACAGACUUCCAAGUUAGCGUGGGUCACAGCUGCUCGGUCAACAUGAUGUACCAGGAGACCAGGUUCAGGUACAGGCACCUCCCCGACGACCAGGUGCAACUGCUGGAGAUGCCGUACCGCGGAGACGACAUCACCAUGGUGAUCAUCCUGCCGAGCAGAGGCACCACGCUCAGUAAGGUGGAGGAGAGUCUGGACCUGAAUAAACUGAACAGUUGGUUGAACGGGAUGAAGGAGACCACUGUCUCCGUCAAUGUCCCUAGGUUCAGGUUGGAGGACAGUUUCAGUCUGAAGGAGAAGCUGCAGGCCAUGGGACUGACCGACCUUUUCAGCCCUGAGAAGGCCAGCCUGCCAGGGAUGUUGGAGGACGGCAGUGAUGGUCUCUACAUCUCAGAUGCCUACCAUAAAGCUUUCCUGGAAGUGAAUGAGGAGGGCAGCGAGGCGGCGGCAGCUACGACCGUGGUGGCGCACGGACGCUCCAUCAACUUGAACCGGGAGGUUUUUCUGGCCAACCGACCGUUCCUGCUGCUCAUCAGAGAGUCGACCAUCAACACGCUGCUGUUCACCGGCAGAGUGGCCAACCCCUGCAACCAGUAGAAACUGUCCAAGAGACGCCGAGCUGCUGCUGUCAGCCACACUGCUGCUUCAAUACGAGCUCAAAAUCAUCAAAAUAUGAAAAAGAAUCGACCUUUUCCUGCGAAUAUUGUGUUGUAGUAAGACAACGUCAAAAUGUACCUACACAUUCUGCAGCGUUAUACAUCCUAGAGUUUAGAUGGACUGUAUGAAGUUAUUAUCCUCCCAGAUUUGAGUUCUGGUGGAUUUGGAGACGUGGUGUCUGGAUGCUAAAAACGUCAUUCAAAUGAGUGCAGGAAAACUGGACCCUGAGCUUCCUAUAUAAAGAGGUAAUUGAUGAGUGUAAAUACAUUUCAUUUCAUUAGCAGAAUAAAAUUGGCAGAAAAAUAACAUUUUUCUGCCAUUUUUCUUUCA